UGGGCGCGAAGCGAAGAAGCCGGAACAAAGUGAGGGGGAGCCGGCCGGCUGGCCCGGGGGGGCCCAGAAGCCCUGGGGAAGCGGGACUCGCGCCGGGCGGGGCUUCCCUGCGACCCGGCGCCCCGCGGGCAGCAUGCCCCUGCGGGCAGGGGGAGCUGGGCUGAACUGGCCCCCCCGGGGGCUCAGCCUGCGCCCUAGAGCUCCCCAGAUGCGCCCCCGCCGGGGCCCCCCGGUUGCGUGAGGACACCUUCUCUGAGGGGCGCCCCUUGCCCCUCUCGAAACCACCCGGGGCCCCAGCUGGCCAGAGGAUGGACGAGGAGGAGGAUGGAGCGGGCGCCGAGGAGUCAGGACAGCCCCGGAGCUUCAUGCGGCUCAACGACCUGUCGGGGGCCGGGGGCCGGCCGGGGCCGGGGUCGGCGGAAAAGGACCCGGGCAGCGCGGACUCCGAGGCGGAGGGGCUGCCAUACCCUGCACUGGCCCCGGUGGUUUUCUUCUACUUGAGCCAGGACAGCCGGCCGCGGAGCUGGUGUCUCCGCACGGUCUGUAACCCCUGGUUUGAGCGCAUCAGCAUGUUGGUCAUCCUUCUCAACUGUGUGACCCUGGGCAUGUUCCGGCCGUGUGAAGACAUCGCCUGUGACUCCCAGCGCUGCCGGAUUCUGCAGGCCUUUGAUGACUUCAUCUUUGCCUUCUUCGCUGUGGAGAUGGUGGUGAAGAUGGUGGCCUUGGGCAUCUUUGGGAAAAAGUGUUACCUGGGAGACACUUGGAACCGGCUUGACUUUUUCAUCGUCAUUGCAGGGAUGCUGGAGUAUUCGCUGGACCUGCAGAACGUCAGCUUCUCAGCUGUCAGGACAGUCCGUGUGCUGCGACCGCUCAGGGCCAUUAACCGGGUGCCCAGCAUGCGCAUCCUCGUCACGCUGCUGCUGGACACGCUGCCCAUGCUGGGCAACGUCCUGCUGCUGUGCUUCUUCGUCUUCUUCAUCUUUGGCAUCGUUGGCGUCCAGCUGUGGGCAGGGCUGCUUCGUAACCGAUGCUUCCUGCCCGAGAAUUUCAGCCUCCCCCUGAGCGUGGACCUGGAGCGCUACUACCAGACCGAGAACGAGGAUGAGAACCCCUUCAUCUGCUCCCAGCCUCGCGAGAACGGCAUGCGCUCCUGCAGGAGUGUGCCCACGCUGCGCGGGGACGGGGGUGGCGGCCCGCCCUGUGGCCUGGACUACGAGGCCUACAACAGCUCCAGCAACACUACCUGUGUCAACUGGAACCAGUACUACACCAACUGCUCCGCAGGGGAGCACAACCCCUUCAAGGGCGCCAUCAACUUCGACAACAUCGGCUAUGCCUGGAUUGCCAUCUUCCAGGUCAUCACGCUGGAGGGCUGGGUCGACAUCAUGUACUUUGUGAUGGAUGCUCAUUCCUUCUACAACUUCAUCUACUUCAUCCUCCUCAUCAUCGUGGGCUCCUUCUUCAUGAUCAACCUGUGCCUGGUGGUGAUUGCCACGCAGUUCUCAGAGACCAAACAGCGGGAAAGCCAGCUGAUGCGGGAGCAGCGCGUGCGGUUCCUCUCCAACGCCAGCACCCUGGCCAGCUUCUCUGAGCCGGGCAGCUGCUAUGAGGAGCUGCUCAAGUACCUCGUGUACAUCCUCCGGAAAGCAGCCCGAAGGCUGGCCCAGGUCUCCCGGGCAGCGGGCGUGCGGGCCGGGCUGCUGAGCAGCCCAGCUCCCCGCGGGAGCCAGGAACCCCAGCCCAGCGGCAGCUGCUCCCGCUCCCACCGCCGUCCGUCCGUCCACCACCUGGUGCACCAUCACCACCACCAUCACCACCACUACCACCUGGGCAACGGGACGCUACGGGUCCCCCGGGCCAGCCCACAGAUCCAGGACAAGGAUGCUAAUGGAUCUCGCCGGCUCAUGCUGCCACCACCCUCGACACUCGCCCUCUCUGGGGGCCCUCCAGGGGGUGCAGAGUCUGUGCACAGCUUCUACCAUGCUGACUGCCACUUGGAACCAGUCCGCUGCCAGGCACCCCCUCCCAGGUCGCCAUCUGAAGCAUCGGGCAGGACUGUGGGCAGUGGGAAGGUGUACCCCACCAUGCACACCAGCCCUCCACCAGAGAUGCUGAAAGAGAAGGCGCUAAUGGAGGUGGCCCCCACCUCUGGACCCCCCACCCUCACCAGCCUCAACAUCCCACCCAGACCCUACAGCUCUAUGCACAAGCUGCUGGAGACACAGAGUACAGGCACCUGCCAAAGCUCUUGCAAGAUCUCCAGCCCUUGCUUGAAGGCAGACAGCGGAGCCUGUGGCCCAGACAGCUGUCCCUACUGUGUCCGGACUGGGGCAGGGGAGGUGGAGCUCACCGGCCACGAGAUGCCUGACUCAGACAGCGAGGCAGUUUAUGAGUUCACCCAGGACGCCCAGCACGGCGACCGCCGGAAUCCCCACAGUUGGCGUCGACGGAGCCUGGGGCUGGACGUGGAGCCCAACUCUGUGCUGGCCUUCUGGAGGCUGAUCUGUGACACCUUUCGCAAGAUUGUGGACAGCAAGUACUUUGGUCGGGGAAUCAUGAUCGCUAUCCUGGUCAACACGCUCAGCAUGGGCGUCGAAUACCACGAGCAGCCUGAGGAGCUCACCAACGCCCUGGAAAUCAGCAACAUCGUCUUCACCAGCCUCUUUGCCCUGGAGAUGCUACUGAAGCUGCUCGUGUAUGGUCCCUUUGGCUACAUCAAGAACCCCUACAACAUCUUUGACGGUGUCAUUGUUGUCAUCAGCGUGUGGGAGAUCGUGGGCCAGCAGGGGGGCGGCCUGUCGGUGCUGCGGACCUUCCGCCUGAUGCGGGUGCUGAAGCUGGUGCGCUUCCUGCCGGCGCUGCAGCGGCAGCUCGUGGUGCUCAUGAAGACCAUGGACAACGUGGCCACCUUCUGCAUGCUGCUCAUGCUCUUCAUCUUCAUCUUCAGCAUCCUGGGUAUGCACCUUUUUGGCUGCAAAUUUGCAUCUGAGAGGGAUGGGGACACGCUGCCGGACCGGAAGAAUUUUGACUCCCUGCUCUGGGCCAUCGUCACUGUCUUUCAGAUCCUGACCCAGGAGGACUGGAACAAGGUGCUCUACAACGGAAUGGCCUCCACGUCAUCCUGGGCUGCCCUUUACUUCAUUGCCCUCAUGACCUUUGGCAACUACGUGCUCUUCAACCUGCUCGUUGCCAUUCUGGUGGAGGGCUUCCAGGCGGAGGGAGAUGCCACCAAGUCCGAGUCAGAGCCCGAUUUCUUCUCGCCCAGCCUGGAUGGCGACGGGGACAGGAAGAAGCGCUUGGCCCUGGUGUCUCUGGGAGACCACCCGGAGCUGCGGAGCAGCCUGUUGCCCCCUCUCAUCAUCCACACGGCCGCCACACCCAUGUCGCUGCCCAAGAGCUCCAGCACUGGCCUGGCCGAGGCUCUGGGCCCUGCGUCCCGCCGCGCCAGCAGCAGUGGGUCGGCCGAACCGGGGGCACCCUACGAGACGAAGUCACCGCCGAGCGCCCGCAGCUCCCCACACAGUCCCUGGAGUGCAGCGAGCAGCUGGGCUAGCAGGCGCUCCAGCCGGAACAGCCUGGGCCGCGCCCCCAGCCUGAAGCGGAGGAGCCCGAGUGGGGAGCGGAGGUCCCUGUUGUCGGGCGAGGGCCAGGAGAGCCAGGAUGAGGAGGAGAGCUCGGAAGAGGAGCGCACCAGCCCAGCGGGCAGUGACCGCCGCCACAGGGGCUCCCUGGAGCGGGAAGCUAAGAGCUCCUUUGACCUGCCGGACACACUGCAGGUGCCCGGGCUGCACCGUACAGCCAGCGGCCGCAGCGCAGCCUCUGAGCACCAGGACUGCAACGGCAAGUCAGCUCCAGGACGCCUGACCCGGGCCCCGCGGCCCGACGAUCCCCCACUGGAUGGGGACGAUGGCGAUGACGAGGGCAACUUGAGCAAAGGGGAAAGGAUGAGAGCGUGGGUCCGAGCCCGGCUCCCUGCCUGCUGCCUGGAGCGAGACUCCUGGUCUGCCUACAUCUUCCCUCCUCAGUCAAGGUUCCGCCUCCUGUGUCACCGAAUCAUCACCCACAAGAUGUUCGACCACGUGGUCCUCGUCAUCAUCUUCCUCAACUGCAUCACCAUCGCCAUGGAGCGCCCCAAGAUCGACCCCCACAGUGCUGAACGCAUCUUCCUGACCCUCUCCAAUUACAUCUUCACCGCAGUCUUUCUGGCUGAGAUGACAGUGAAGGUGGUGGCGCUGGGCUGGUGCUUCGGGGAGCAGGCCUACCUGCGCAGCAGCUGGAACGUGCUGGAUGGGCUGCUGGUGCUCAUCUCCAUCAUCGACAUCCUGGUGUCCAUGGUCUCCGACAGCGGCACCAAGAUCCUGGGCAUGCUGAGGGUGCUGCGGCUGCUGCGAACCCUGCGCCCGCUCAGGGUAAUCAGUCGGGCACAGGGGCUGAAGCUGGUGGUGGAGACGCUGAUGUCCUCGCUGAAGCCCAUUGGCAACAUUGUGGUCAUCUGUUGUGCCUUCUUCAUCAUUUUUGGCAUCCUGGGGGUGCAGCUCUUCAAAGGGAAGUUCUUCGUGUGCCAGGGCGAGGACACCAGGAACAUCACUAACAAGUCUGACUGUGCUGAGGCCAGUUACCGGUGGGUCCGGCACAAGUACAACUUUGACAACCUCGGCCAGGCCCUAAUGUCCCUGUUCGUGCUGGCCUCUAAGGACGGCUGGGUGGAUAUCAUGUAUGAUGGGCUGGAUGCUGUCGGUGUGGACCAGCAGCCCAUCAUGAACCACAACCCCUGGAUGCUGCUGUACUUCAUCUCGUUCCUGCUCAUCGUGGCCUUCUUUGUCCUGAACAUGUUCGUGGGCGUGGUGGUGGAGAACUUCCACAAGUGUCGGCAGCACCAGGAGGAGGAGGAGGCCCGGCGGCGGGAGGAGAAGCGUCUACGGAGACUGGAGAAAAAGAGAAGGAAUCUAAUGCUGGACGAUGUAAUUGCUUCCGGCAGCUCAGCCAGCGCGGCGCCAGAGGCCCAGUGCAAACCCUACUACUCGGACUACUCCCGCUUCCGGCUCCUCGUCCACCACCUGUGUACCAGCCACUACCUGGAUCUCUUCAUCACGGGUGUCAUUGGGCUGAACGUGGUCACUAUGGCCAUGGAGCACUACCAGCAGCCCCAGAUCCUGGACGAGGCUCUGAAGAUCUGCAACUACGUCUUCACUGUCAUCUUUGUCUUGGAGUCAGUUUUCAAACUGGUGGCCUUUGGCUUUCGACGGUUCUUCCAGGACAGGUGGAACCAGCUGGACCUGGCCAUUGUGCUGCUGUCUAUCAUGGGCAUCACGCUGGAGGAGAUCGAGGUCAACGCCUCACUGCCCAUCAACCCCACCAUCAUCCGCAUCAUGAGGGUGUUGCGUAUCGCCCGAGUGCUAAAGCUGCUGAAGAUGGCUGUGGGCAUGCGGGCGCUGCUGGACACAGUGAUGCAGGCCCUGCCCCAGGUGGGGAACCUGGGACUUCUCUUCAUGUUGUUGUUUUUCAUCUUUGCAGCUCUGGGCGUGGAGCUCUUUGGAGACUUGGAGUGUGACGAGACACACCCCUGUGAGGGCUUGGGCCGCCAUGCCACCUUUCGGAACUUUGGCAUGGCCUUCUUGACCCUCUUCCGAGUCUCCACAGGUGACAACUGGAAUGGCAUUAUGAAGGACACCCUCCGGGACUGCGACCAGGAGUCCACCUGCUACAACACCGUCAUCUCUCCCAUCUACUUCGUGUCCUUCGUGCUGACAGCCCAGUUUGUGCUGGUCAACGUGGUGAUUGCCGUGCUGAUGAAGCACCUGGAGGAGAGCAACAAGGAGGCCAAGGAGGAGGCCGAGCUGGAGGCUGAGCUGGAGCUGGAGAUGAAGACACUCAGCCCACAGGCCCCCUCGCCACUGGGCAGCCCCUUCCUCUGGCCUGGGGUCGAGGGCCCCGACAGCCCUGGCAGCCCCAAGCCCGGGGCCCCACACGCCGCAGCCCAUGCUGAAACAGUCUCCCACUUCUCCCUGGAGCACCCCAUGAUGGAGUCCCGCACUGAGGAGGUGCCCCUCAUGCUGAGACCAGAUCUGCUGACUGUGAGGAAGUCUGGGGUCAGCCGAACGCACUCUCUGCCCAAUGACAGCUACAUGUGCCGGGAUGGGAGCACUGCCGAGGGGUCCCUGGGACACAGGGGCUGGGGGCUCCCCAAAGCUCAGUCAGGCUCUGUCUUGUCCGUUCACUCCCAGCCAGCAGACACCAGCUACAUCCUGCAGCUUCCCAAAGAUGCACCCCAGCUGCUCCAGCCCCAUGGUGCUCCCACCUGGGGCACCAUCCCCAAAUUGCCUCCACCAGGCCGCUCCCCUUUGGCUCAGAGGCCACUCAGGCGCCAGGCAGCAAUAAGGACGGAUUCCCUGGACGUUCAGGGCCUGGGCAGCAGGGAAGACCUGCUGUCAGAGGUGAGCGGGCCCUCCCCGCCGCUGGCCGGGGCCUCCUCCUUCUGGGGCCGCUCCAGCACCCAGGCGCAGCAGCAUUCCCACAGCCAGAGCAAGAUCUCGAAGCACAUGCCCCCGUCAGCCCCCUGCCCGGGCCCAGAACCCACGUGGAGCAAGGGCCCAUCAGAGAUCAGAAGCAGCUUAGAGCUGGACACGGAGCUGAGCUGGAUUUCAGGAGACCUCCUGCCUGUGGGCAGCCAGGCGGAAGCCCCGUCCCCACGGGACCUGAAGAAGUGCUACAGCGUGGAGGCCCGGAGCUGCCCGCGCCGGCCCGCGUCCUGGCUGGAUGAACAGAGGAGGCACUCCAUCGCCGUCAGCUGCCUGGACAGAGGCUCCCAGCCCCGCCUGGGCCCUGGCCCCUCUAGCCUCCGGGGUCAGCCUCUUGGGGGACCUGGGAGCCGGCCCAAGAAGAAACUCAGCCCGCCCAGUAUCUCCAUAGACCCCCCAGAGAGCCAGAGCCAGGGCCCUCGGCCCCCACCCAGCCCUGGUGUCUGCCUCCGCCGGAGGGCUCCAUCCAGCGACUCCAAGGAUCCCUCGGCCUCCGGCCCUCCCGACAGCACGGCUGCCUCGCCCCCCCCAAAGAAAGACGUGCUGAGCCUCUCUGGUUUAUCCUCGGACCCAGCAGACCUGGACCCCUGAGUCCUGCCCUACUCUCCCACUCACCUUUCUCCACUGGGUGCCAAAUCCUAGCUCCUCCUCCUGGGCUAUAUUCCAGAAAAGUUCCAUAUGGACACCGAGGAGGCGCUGCUCCUCGCCUCAGUGGCACUGGGCACCGGCAAGCGGAAUUUCCAGAGUUAAAAGCAGCAGCCGUGGCCACCCUGCUCCAGGCUGAGAGAGAGAGGCCCAGUGGAGCUGAGGUUCCCGACACCAGGAGCUGUUGGGAGAAAGCAAUACGUUUGUGCAGAAU